AUGGCAGACGAACAGAGCUUGUACCGACUGAACGGUGUUGCCCAUAUUGCCGGUGCUAUUGGUGACGAGGCACUUGUUAAGGCCAUUGAGCGAAACUUGAGGAAUUCGAGGUGCUUCACGGUGACCGUGUUCGGCAGGCAUCAAGUUGAGUAUACUGUGGCAGAGACUACCCCCACAGAAAAAUUCUUGUUUGGUAGCUACUGGGUUUCCCUAAGGGAUCGCACCUGCGAUUGUGGAUACUUCCAGGCACUGCACUAUCCCUGUUGCCAUGCCAUUCCAUGCUGUGCGCAGUUACGACUAGAUUGGGCCACCUACGUCGAUGAAGUCUACAGCAUGUCUGAGGUAUUCAAGGUCUACCAGAUAUCCUUUGCACCUUGUAUUCUAGAGGGGCUUUGGCCCCCAUAUAACCGUCUGACUGUCAUCCUCGACCCGAACAUGAGACGGGCAAGAGAAGGACGACCACGGUCCACCCGCAUCCACAACAACAUAGACGUAGCUGACACUAGUCGAUCGAAGCGGUAUGGCCUAUGCAGGCAGCCCGGUCACACCCGAAGGGGUUGCCCUCAGCGAGGUUCUACUAGCGGCAUAUAG